AUGAGUUCCACCAAUCGAGGCGAUUACACUAUGUUGAGUUCCGGUCGUGAUGAAACUACCAACGUUCCGACCGAGACCGAGUCCACCACGACUCGGACUGAAAAUCCAAGUCAAGCGACGCAGAGUCAGACCAAUGAUAUGGGCUAUCAACCCAGUCGUGCAAUGAACACGAUGGAAUACGCAGAACCUAGUCGUGAGACGAACACUACUACUACUGUUAUCACGGUCGUGACAAUGGGUACGGUCACUUGUUCACCCAUGGUCGUACGGAAUCCAGAGACGGGGGAAGCGAGGUAUCCUUACGGCGCGAUUUUCUGCGGACCUGGGGGAUGUGGGACUAGGGGAUGCGAGUGA